AUGCUGAUAGGCAUCUCUGGAACCAAAUGUUCCGGCAGGACAACUGUAGCUCGUUAUUUGACAUACCAAGGAUUCAAACACAUAUCGUUAGAGCCUUCAAUAUUGAAUAUUGACCAUAAGUUCGAAGAUGAAGAUGAACUGGUCGAUUUCGUCACCAAGAACUACUCUGAAAAUUUCGUCUUAUCACACAUUGACAAUCCUGUUCUUCUAAGCAAGUUAUCCAAAAGGCCGUUCUUUUUACAUAUUUCAUUGGAAAGCUCUAUACUCAAACGACACCAGAGAAGAUGCUCAAAGGCGGGGGAUAUUUCUCUGGAGGAGUUCGUCAUAGACUGUGAUAAAUACACUUUUGAUCAUAAAUUGAUAGAGAUAAGUAAUCUAGCCGACAUUACCAUCAUUAAUAAUCAUGACUCCAUCAACCAGUUGUAUUCACAUCUUUCCAAUGUCAACUUGUUGAACCCGACAAGAUUAAGACCGUCGUGGGAUGCCUACUUCAUGAGAUUGGCAGAUCUGGCAGCUUUGAGAUCCAAUUGCAUGAAAAGAAGAGUUGGGUGUGUAGUGGUCAGAGAUAACAGAAUUAUUUCUACUGGUUACAACGGCACACCAAGAAAUAUGCCUAAUUGCAAUCAAGGAGGGUGCGCUAGAUGCAAUUCGGGAAACUCGUCAGGGAACGGCCUAUCAACCUGCUUAUGCCUACACGCAGAGGAGAACGCAUUGUUGGAAGCAGGAAGAGAUCGAAUCAGUACCAACAGUAUUCUCUACUGUAACACAUGUCCAUGUUUGACAUGCUCCAUUAAAAUUAUUCAGAGUGGCAUUCAAGAGGUGGUCUAUUCCCAGAGUUACAGCAUGGAUACACUUUCUUACCAGGCAUUGAAUGCUGCUGGAGUAAAACUUCGUCAGUAUUCUCCACCCCAAGGAGGCGUCAUGUAA